ACACUAUAAAACGUUGCUCUUCCAGUCCUGCAGCUGUAGUUGGAAAAAUAAAUAGCAACCAUGCCACUCUCCGGCCUGCUUCUCACAGACACUUCAACUGCGUGUCUGAUUUGUGUUUUUACUGUUCUUGCUUUAUACUUUUUCUUUUCUAAGAAAACCCAAAACUCAGAGUACAGCUUUCCUCCUGGACCAACACCUCUGCCUGUCCUGGGCAACAUCAACAUUUUCAACAUGUGGUUUCCACAUCUGACCCUUCACAAGCUUUCUGAGAAAUAUGGUGGCGUGUUUACCUUCCACGUGGGCUCCACAAAGUUCGUCAUUUUAUGUGGAUAUGAUGCAGUGAAGGAGGCCUUAGUCAAUCAGCCAGAUGACUUUGGAGAUCGAGGCUUAAGAAAGAUUAAUAAAGAGCUUUCCAGAGGAGAUGGCAUUGUCUUUGGCCGUGGAGAGUCCUGGAAGACUAUGCGUCGCUUUACCCUUUCAACCCUCCGGGAUUUUGGAAUGGGCAAAAGAACAAUUGAAGACAGGAUUGUUGAAGAAUGCCAGAAUCUAAUGGAUGUUUUUGAGUCUCACAAAGGUCAGCCAUUUAAUCCAAAAAUGAUCAUCAACUCUGCCGUCUCCAAUAUCAUCUGCUCCAUCAUUUUUGGGGACCGUUUUGAUUACCAGGAUUCUCAUUUCCUCCACCUGCAAACAAUUAUGAAUGAAUCUUUCAAAUUAAGUGUUAGCCCACAGAUUCAGCUCUACAACGUUUUUCCAUUUUUAGGGUUCUUAUUCUCUGAUUACAAGAAAGCAACACAAAUCAACAAGGAGUUCCGAAAAUUUAUUUUCAGUGUUUUUGAAGACCGUAAAUAUAAAGUGGACAAAAACGAUCUGCGCAGCUUUAUUGAUUCCUUCAUCUCUAGACAGCAAGAAGAGGAAGUAAAAAACACAAAGUCACAUUUUCAUGAAGGGAACCUGAUUGCUUCAUCAUUAAACUUGUUUGCGGCUGGAACAGAGACCACCUCUACCACCCUGCGCUGGGGCCUGCUGCUAAUGAUGAAACAUCCUGAAGUGCAGGCAAAAGUUCAUCAAGAAAUAGAAAAUGUUAUAGGGAAGGACCGCUGCCCACAGACUGAAGACAGGAAGAGCAUGCCCUACACAGAUGCAGUUAUACAUGAAAUCCAAAGGUUUAGCAAUGUGGCUCCUAUGAGCCUCUUGCAUCAGACUGCCACGGACACAACUUUUCGAGGAUACCGAAUUCCCAAGGGCACCCCUGUGAUCCCACUGCUCACCUCUGUUCUCUUUGACAAGACUCAGUGGGCCACACCCUACAAGUUCAACCCCGCCCACUUCCUGGAUGACCAGGGAAAGUUCAUCAGGAGAGAUGCAUUUUUGCCCUUCUCAGCAGGUCGCAGAGUGUGCCUUGGUGAGACCCUAGCCAAAAUGGAACUGUUUUUAUUCUUCACCAUGCUUUUGCAGAAGUUUGUCUUUCGGCCACCAGCAGGAGUAACUCCAGAACAGCUGGAUCUUUCACCAGUGCCUGGUUUAACAUUAACUCCAAAGGACUUUAAAAUGUGUGCUGUGAGCCAUUAAAACGCAGCCUGCAGUGAUACCAUUAUUUAGAUGGUUAAAAAUAAAUUCAUUUUUUGUUUGACUGCA